UUCUACCUGGUUUUCCAACCGCCAAUAAAGCCAACAAAGAAGAAAACAAACGUCUCUUCCGGUGAUGGUGAGAUUGGAAAACUCCGGGCGCCAAAAACUAUUUAUUUAUUUUGAUUGAUUAAACUAUCAACAAAGACAUUUCCGAUGUGUACGACGGUUGGCACUGAAGAAAUCAUCAUCCUCAGUGAUGAUGAAGACUGUGAAGAUGACAUAUCAUGCAAUGAACCCUCUGUUCUCAUCGUGGAGGUGGAGGAUGUGAAGAAGAGCGGCGGUGCUGUACCUCCCAGUGCUCUGGACGAAGACCUGGUCAUUACCUUCUCCCGCCGCGCUGAGGUGCUGCCUCACGCGCGCUAUGACUGUCCCAUACAUCCUUUCACGCCUACAGAUUGUGAGAUCGGAGCUCCGGUGGCCGCUAACCAGCUCAUGUGUGAUCAGUGCUUCUGCUACAUCUGUGACAAGCUGGCCUCAUCGUGUGAAAUGUGGUGUCACAGCGGCGUGUGUCACUGCAACAGCCACAAAAGGAGCGAAUUCUGGAGCAACCACAGAAACUGCUCUUUGCUUGGAGGACUGAAGACUUUCAACCUCACUCUGUCUGAUAUAGAUUCUCACCUCCGACAAGCAGAGAUGAUGCUGCACAGCUUCAGACUAAGCCUCGCUACACAGUUCUCUUCCUUCCUGAUGGGAAACAUGCUGGAGCAGUACGGCGUGAGCCAAUCGAUCCAGAAAUGUCGCGUCUUCGAUUACACACCCGUGUACGAGUUUGUGUCGUCCUUCCUGAACAAAGCAGAUAAACAGGACGACAGAGCUGCUGCCAUCAUGAGACUAGGAGCUGCUGAGAACUUUCUUCUUCAUUUUCAUGUCUCAGGGACUUUCAUCUUACAGUCUCCCAUGGCUAAUGCUGCUGAAGCCAAACUGGUGUUACUGCAGAGGGUAAUAGCGUCCGUGCAGAGACAGAUGGUGAUGGCUGAUUUUACACCAGAGUUCAUCCACAAACUGCAGGACUUUUACAAGAGGUUCAAUUUCCCCACUGAGCUGAAGAGCAUGAAGAACAGCCUGACUGUUCGUCUUUGGGAUGAUGUCCUGCUGGUGUCUGUGCUGAAGGGGCAGAACGUGUCGGGCAUCCGUAAAGACAAAGGCAAGAAGGACGUUCUAGUUGAACAGUUUGCUGUAGUUCUACUGAGAACAGAACUACUACAGCAACAGCACAGAUAUAGAGAAUUGUGUCGCUACCUACGUGUUGUCGAGACUGACGAUUCCAAACUUAGCCUCCAGAAGGUACAAGACCUCAUCCCGUUCUUCAUGUGCAUGGCCGGGGAUUUAGGGUCCGCUCUGAGCAGUUUGCUCCCCUCAGUGAACGCCCCCGCCUCCCGCUUCACGCCACAACUCUUCCUCUUUUAUCUCCGCGUCUUUAAAACGGCAACAGCACCAAAGCUGGCGGUCAGUCAGCCAGCACAGCUCUGCUCUACAGACGCAGCGUGGGAGCCAAUUAAAGAUGCCGUGCCACUGAGUCAUGUUCCUCUGGUGAGGUUUGCUCUCAGGGUUCAGAGAUGCUGCUCUGCCGUCUUCACUGACUCUCAGUGUUGGACCACUUUACUCGCAGUCGUCAACACACUCGCGCCUCUGCAAGACCCGAGCCCACAGUUCCUACAGGAAGCGAAGGAUGUUGUGACUUCAAUACUGAACGACCAGCACGGGUCAAACAUACAGAUCCCGCGAUUCUUUCAGACGGUGUACCCAGAUCAGGCCAUGUUGCUGUUGGUAACCGGGGCUUUAUGUUUGCGAAUCCUUAGUGCUCCUCUGAGUCCGGCCCUCCCUGUGCUCAAUACAUUUAAGGAGAACGUGUGGGCUCUCGGGUGGCUGUGGGGCAGUUUGUCGUCCAGCCCAGAACGCCUCCGAUCCUUCUUACUGGAGAUCUCGAAAGAGAUGGAAAGCACGACAGAUGGGGAUCAUUUGUUACCCUUUCUUUGCACCACUGUAUCCACUUGGUCUUCUCCAACAGACAACUGGGACCAGCAGUCCAGUGGACCUUUAAACUAUCUGUAAAGGGAAGGCUCAGUGUCAGCUGCCUGAUCCUCUUUCCCAUUACUGGCUCCAUUUGCACAUAAAACAACCAAACUCCGGAUUCCAUGUGGAUGUUCCUGUCAAACACUGAAUCUGCAGCGCCGUCCUCUAGACUGAGCCGAGUACAGUGGAGAGCUGGAGGAGCGGCGGAUUAAUGUGCGUCUGAGUUUUUAUACAGACGUCAGAAUAAACCUGGACAGAGACUUCAAGCACAUCCUCAGUGUUAACCAGCAUUUAUUAACAUUAUAAAGACACUUUAUGUUGCAUAAUUCUUUAAUGCUUUGAUCUGAGUUUAGUAUGUUGGAUGGUCUAAAAUGUAAUUCUGCACUGUGGGAUUUGCUUACAUUUUAUUGAUAUCUACUUUUGUUACAAAUGCAAUCAUGUAAUGUUGGUAAAUAAACAGAAAAUGCAACUGUA